AUGAAAUUUUCUACAUUCGUGAUUGGUGCUGCUGCUUUGAAUUGCAUGGCUUUUGUCUCGGCAGACAAGACCCCUACUGGUACUACCACCGUUACUAAGACUUACCCUAAUACACACACUAAGGGAAGAUUCAACAACACCCACGGUCAGAAUCAUAAGACUACUACUACUACUGGUACUCAUACUAAAGGUAGAUUCAACAACACUCAUCAUGCCCUCGCUACUACCACUGUUACUGUUGCUUCUAAUUCCAACUCUACUAUUGCAGCAUCUUCCACAGGUGCCGCUUCUUCAUCUUCUAACGGUGCUAACAGCAAGGCUGCCAUUGGCAUAUCUGUUGGUGGUGUUGCUGCUAUUGCCAUCGCUUUGCUCAUGUAG